ACAGAAAUAAAAUUUGUAGUUUUAAUAAUUUAACAAUAUAUAAAAUAAAUAAAAAUAAUAAUAAUAAUAAUAAUAAUAAAUACCUACAUUUAAAUAAACCAACAACAAUGAGUAAAACUAUAAAUGUAUGUUUAUUGGGUGAUAUAGAAUCAAAUCAAUCUGAUUUAAUUAGAAUAUUUACAAAUUCACUCUGUGAUUGGUAUAAUGAUGAUACAAUGGAAAUUAAUAAAUCUUAUAAAUAUAUUUAUUAUAAAAGGGAAUACAACUUUAUAUUAAGUGAUACUGAUAUUUCAAAUAAAAACUAUUUAGAUACAAUUCGACAAAGUGAUGCAUUUAUUCUAACGUUUUCGUUAACAACUAAAAAGACUGGGGAAAAUAUCGAAUAUUAUUAUAAUUUAAUAAAUGAAAAUAGAAAUAAAAAAGUACCGAUUAUUUUAAUUGGGAUAUCAAACGAGUUUGGAAGAUUCGAAUUUAAUAUUGCCGAUAUACAAAGAAUGAAACAAAAGUUAGGUAUACCUUAUACAACAACUUUUCAAAAUGAUUCAAACUCCAUCACAUCGGCAUUUCAUUUAUUAAUAGAAACAAUAGAAGAAUUUGAAAAUAGGGAAUUAAACAAAAGAAAAAAAAUAGAAAGCAAUAUGCAAUCGUUAUCGUUAUCACAAUCACAAUCACCAACUGAAGCCAAAAUAGGAAUACACGGAAUAACAUACACAAAUAGUAAUAAAAGCAGCUUUUUUAAAAAAUUAAAAACCAAUUUUGGGCUAAAAAAACACCUACACAAUACACACACAUAAAUAAUUUGAUAUAAUUAAUAAAGAAAAAUAGUAACAAUAAUAAC